AUGACGGUCUUGAGCACGCUCGACGCAAGCAGGACCGUUUCGGGUCAAGCACGUGGCGUCCGACGUCCCCGGCUUUCGACCUCGCACAGCGCGUACCGUGCCUACACCGAGGGCACCGUCUGCGACGUCCGUGUCGAGCGUGUCGUAGGGCAGCACUUGUCCUUUAUCUGCAUAAACCAGACCAACAUUUGGCAGUGGCGCCAAUUCCCGUUCUUCGACGCCCUGCCAGUCAAGGACGUGCAUGACCUCGCGAGUCCGCCAGAGUUAUUCAAGAGUACUCCGGAGAUAUCGACCGUAUCCACGUCGACGUCCGGAGUGCUCGUUGCGGAUAUUCACGGGAGCGUGCAUUUACUGGACAAGGACUUCGAGACGGUCGCGAGUUGGCUCGCCCAUGUUGGGGGACGCGUGACGCAUAUGGCGGAGCGAAGGGGCAUACUCGUUACCCUUGGUGAAGAGGACUCCGUCCGACACCCGCUCCUGAAGAUCUGGGAGCUGGGCAGGAUUGACCCGAAGACCGGCGCCCCCAACCUCCUCCGCUCAGUCAAAGUACAGCACACACAGCGUCCACACCCAGUAUCAACCAUCGCCCUCUCGGCGUCCCUCUCGCACCUCGCAGUCGGCCUGGGCGACGGCACCGUCCUGCUCUACCGGCACCUCGAUCAGUCCCUCUUCUCCGGCUCCACCUCGCUCACAUCCGUCCCCAAGCCGCGGGUGAUCCACGAGUCGCCCACCGAGCCCGUCACCGGGCUCGGUUUCAGGGAACCGAACGUCGAUGACGGCGGCGCCCCGACCCUGCACCUCUUCAUCGUGACGACGAACCGCGUGCUGUGCUACCAGGCGAGCGGGCGCGGCAGCGGCGGAAGCGCGAGUGUAGUCGACGAGGUCGGGUGCGGGCUCGGGUGCGCGACGAUGGACUGGAAGAGGCGGGAUAUGGUGAUUGCGAGGGAGGAGGCGAUUUAUACGUGCGGGGUCGACGGGCGCGGGCCGUGUUACGCUUAUGAAGGCCACAAGUCGUCGGUGCAUACACACCUGAACUACCUCGUGAUAGUGUCGCCCCCUUUCGCGCCCUCCGCGUCCGCUGCUUCAGCGACUGUGCGGAACUACGUCGCGCGAUCCGGUAAUGCGAGCAAUACGGAAAUAACGAAGGUUACGGUGUUUGACCCGCCGAACAAGUUCGUCGCGUAUACGGGUACGUUCACCGACGGCGUCCGGGAGGUCAUCUCGCAGUGGGGUAAUAUCUACAUCAUGUCAAACGAUGGAAACCUUACGUGUCUCAAAGAGAAGCCAACUUCGGCGAAGCUAGAAAUGAUGUAUAAGAAGUCGCAAUACACGCUGGCGCUGAACGUGGCUAAGACCCAGCGGCUGGACGCGUCCAGCGUCGCGGAUAUCCAUCGGCAGUAUGGCGACCAUCUGUACUCGAAAGGUGAUUAUGACGGUGCGAUGCAGCAGUACCUGCAAACCAUCGGGCACCUCCAGGCCAGCUACGUGAUCCGGAAGUUUCUGGACGCGCAACGGAUCCACAACCUCGUGACGUACCUCCAAGAGCUGCACUCGCUCGGCCUCGCAAACUCGGACCACACAACCCUCCUGCUGAACACGUACACGAAGCUGAAGGACGUCGCGCGGCUGGACUCGUUCAUCAAGGCCGAGUCCCGCCGCUCCUCGUCUGUCGACGGCGAGAAAGACGAGCUGCCCUUCGAUCUGGACACGGCGAUCAGGGUGUGCCGCCAAGCGGGGUAUUUUGAGCAUGCGAGCUAUUUGGCGAAGAAGUAUGAACGCCAUGAGGAUUAUUUGCGGAUACAGAUCGAGGAUGCGGGGAAUUACAAGGAUGCGUUGUCCUACCUUAGGCGCUUGGGAAAUGAGGCGGCGGAAGCAAACCUCGCUCGGUACGGCCGGGCAAUGCUGGAAUCGCUGCCGGACGAAACGACGCAGCUCUUGAUCGACCUCUGCACAUCCACGGGUCCUCUAACUGCGGAGCCGGACGAACAGCCUCCUUCUGCCAGACAGGCGAGCCCCAGUUCGGGCCCGGGCUCCUCGUACCUGUCCUACUUAGCCUUGAACAGGACCUCCCCGGCCGCUCCCACCCCCAGCGCCGACGCCGCCGGUGCGUCCACGCCCACUGCGUCUACGAUCAGGCCCCGGGAUCAGCCUUCGCGGCGUGAGUCGAGUGGGUUCGACGGUUCCGAUUCACAGACUGCGACGCCAAUACCGCAGCGUAGCAGUACCCUACCUAAGUUGACGCUGCCCACGCCGGUGAAGAGGCCCUCUCCGAGGAUCUACUUCGCGCAUUUCGUGGAUCACCUAGAUAAUUUCGUGACAUUCUUGGAGACGGUUGCUCUGAAGCGGUGGGGGCAGGCUGUGGACGAGGCCCAGGAGUCCAGCGUACCAGCUGUUAUAGAACCUGCAGCAGACGGGGAGGCUGACAAGCAAGACCAGGUCGCCGUUUGGAAUACUCUGCUGGAAUUAUACCUCACGUUGCCCGGUGGUGAAGGGCAAACGAAAACUAUGCGGGACAAGGCCCUUCUUGUACUGAAGAGUGAUAAAAUUCCUUACGACGUGACGCACGCUCUCAUUCUCUGUUCUACUCGGCAAUACACCCCCGGCCUUGUGUUGCUCUGGGAAAGAAUGGGCAUGUACGAAGAGGUGCUUCGGUUCUGGAUGGAUAAAGAUAAAGAGGGAAGCUCGCCUGAAGCGUCUAACGAGGUGAUCAAGUGCUUGAACUCCUAUGGGCCCACGAAUCGCCAUCUGUAUCCGCUGGUGCUGAGAUUCCUGACUUCGACACCAGCUUUGUUGUCGAAGCAUACCGCGGAUCUGGGACAAAUCCUCGAGUAUAUCAAUAGUGAGAAGAUUAUGCCUCCGUUGGGGGUGAUCCAGGUACUUAGCAGAAACGGAGUUGCGAGUGUUGGGUUGGUGAAGCAGUGGCUGCUGACUCGAAUAAAGGAGUCUCGGGAGGAGAUCCAAACUGAUAAACAACUGACGGACUCGUAUCGAAUGGAGACUAGAACGAAACUCAAGCAGGUUGAAGACCUGUCCGAUCCUGAGAAUCCACGCGUCUUCCAUGUUACUCGGUGCUCGAGCUGCGGUGGGCAACUGGACCUCCCCAGUGUCCAUUUCAUGUGCAACCACAGCUACCACCAGCGGUGCCUGGCUGAUCACGAUACCGAGUGUCCCAGCUGCGCCAGGGCCAACGGCGUUAUCAGAGAAAUCCGCAGGAAUAACGAGCGACUGGCUGAUCAGCAUGACCUGUUCCUGUCGGACGUGAAGGAGAGCGGCUUCGAUGCAAUAGCCUCUGCUUUUGGGCGAGGGGUGCUCAAUACGACUCGCUCCCUGGAAACUGACAUACGCUAGGGCCCCUUUCUGCAGGGCUUCUUUUGUCUGACCUUUGCAAGAGAUUUGACUGUAAU